AUGUCAGCAACAACGACGGAAACGCCUGGCGAUGAGAAGCCAAAAGUAACACCAGAGCAACAACACGAUUCGAACAGCUCCAGCUCAUCACCCGCUUCUGCUAUGAUACCUGGCGGGCCAACAACGAGGGAAUGCUCCGGACGGGUUAGUGUUUUUCAAUUUUUGUUCUAA